AUGGCUUCCAAGCCCACCAGUGCCAUUGUGCCCGAUUGUGCCAACCCGUUUGACACCCAGCUCAAUCUUCAAGUCAUCCUGCGCGAUGAUCCCCACUACGGUUCCCGCCGGGACUCGUACUGGGCAGUCAACAGCCGGCUCGCGCCAUCCUGUUUCGUUCUUCCGAACUCUCCGGAACAAGUUUCAGCCAUUCUCAGUGCGUUAGUUGCGCAGAAGCGGCAGUUCGCCAUCCGAUGUGGCGGCCACUCACCCGUUCCUGGAACGAACAACAUCGCGGACGGCGUCACAAUCGACCUUAGCUUAUUGACUGGGGUUACGGUCGACACUGACUCCAAAACAGUGAGGUUUGGCGCAGGGAAUACGUGGAGAGACGUAUAUAAGGAGUGCACGAAGCACAAGAGCACUGUCGCCGGAGGAAGGGGUGGCGAUGUGGGAGUCUCGGGUCUUCUCCUCGGUGGCGGGAGCACGUGGAUGUCGGCGAAAAACGGAUGGGCUUGCGACAACGUGCUCUCCUUUGAAGUCGUCCUAGCGGACGGGCGCAUCGUUACGGCGGAUAAAAAUUCCAACUCGGAUCUUUACCGAGCACUAAAAGGGGGGUCGAACAACUUCGGAAUAGUGACCAGCUUUACUAUGCCGCUCUUGCCCUCCGAUCGCAUCUGGGGGGGCAUAGGCGUCACCCCCACCACGGCCAUUCCGGAAGUCAUAGAUGUAACGUGGAGGUUCACCGAAGAGCAACCUCAACACCCAGAUAGCUAUCUCAUGGCCGUCAUGAGCUACUUCCCAGCUCUUGGUGGAAACGUCGCGGCAACUGUGGUCUACCAAGGCGAGGGUGUCUCAGAUGGCCCUGAAUUCAAGGGCUGGCAUGAGCUGCCCAAAGUCAUGGAUACGACGAAGGAGACGACGAUUUAUGAUCUGUCCUUCGACAUCACGCUCCCACGAGACUAUCACAACGCAUGGUUCACCCUCUGCUUCAACAACGACAAGCGCAUAAUGCAGAAAGCAGCCCAGGCGCACCAAGCUUUCGUCAACGAACUAAGAGCCUACGUCUCUGACGGCGACUUCAUCAGCCAGUGCAUCUUCCAACCCGUCCCCACCAUCAUCGCGGAACACUCAGCCGCCGCAGGCGGGAACGUGAUGGGCAUUGAGCGAAACAGCGGCCAUGCCAUUCUAUUCCACUACACCGCCAUGAUGAAGACAUCCGAGCAGGCAGCGUACGUGUAUCCGAAGCUGCAGGCGAGCUUCCAAGUCAUCCGGGACUAUGCGGCUAGCGUGGAAAACGGCCUGAAUAGCUGGGUCUAUUCGAACUACGCGGACAAAAGCCAAGAUGUGAUAGGCAGCUACGGCGCCGAGAAUAUUAGCUUCAUGAAACAAGUGUCCGAAAAGUAUGACCCAGGCCAGGUCUUCCAGAAGCUAUGUCCAGGAGGAUGGAAGAUACCCGACUCAAAGUGA